AUGGCCGAGGGGCCGGGUGGCGGAGGGCCUCGCGGGGAUGGGGCCAGCGGCGGCCGAGCAGCCGAGGAGGAAGUGGUGCGGCGGCGCUGCAAGCGCGGGGAGGAGGCCGCAGUCCUGCAGCCUUGGCCGGAGGGGCCCCGGGGCAUGGCCGCUGGGCCCCCAGUGGAGGAGCGCUUCCGCCAGAUGCACCUACAGAAGCAGGUGUCCUACAGGAAAGCCAUCACCAAGUCGGGCCUCCCGCACCUGGCACCCCCUCCGCCCGCGCCCGGGGCCCUGUGCGGCGAGUCCGAGAGGCAGAUCCGCAGCACUGUGGACUGGAGCGAAUCAGCGACGUAUGGGGAGCACAUCUGGUUUGAGACCAACGUGUCAGGGGACUUCUGCUAUGUUGGGGAGCAGUACUGUGUAGCCAAGAUGCUGCAAAAGUCAGUGUCCAGGAGGAAGUGUGCGGCUUGCAAGAUUGUGGUGCACACACCCUGCAUCGAACAGCUGGAGAAGAUAAAUUUCCGUUGUAAGCCAUCCUUUCGGGAGUCAGGUUCCAGGAACGUUCGCGAGCCCACCUUUGUGCGUCACCACUGGGUACACCGGCGGCGCCAGGAUGGCAAGUGUCGGCACUGCGGGAAGGGCUUCCAGCAGAAAUUCACCUUCCACAGCAAGGAGAUUGUGGCCAUCAGUUGUUCCUGGUGCAAGCAAGCAUACCACAGCAAGGUAUCCUGCUUCAUGCUGCAGCAGAUUGAGGAGCCCUGCUCGCUGGGCGUUCACGCCGCCGUGGUCAUCCCGCCCACCUGGAUCCUCCGUGCCCGCAGGCCCCAAAAUACCCUCAAGGCGAGCAAGAAGAAAAAGAGAGCGUCCUUCCGGAGGAAGUCCAGCAAGAAAGGACCUGAGGAGGGCCGUUGGAGACCCUUCAUCAUCAGGCCCACCCCGUCCCCACUCAUGAAGCCCCUGCUGGUGUUUGUGAACCCUAAGAGUGGUGGCAACCAGGGCGCAAAAAUCAUCCAGUCCUUCCUCUGGUACCUCAAUCCCCGGCAAGUCUUCGACCUGAGCCAGGGAGGUCCCAAAGAGGCGCUAGAGAUGUACCGCAAAGUGCACAACCUGCGGAUCCUGGCUUGCGGGGGCGAUGGCACGGUCGGCUGGAUUCUCUCCACCCUGGACCAGCUGCGCUUGAAACCACCACCCCCUGUCGCCAUCCUGCCUCUGGGUACUGGCAACGACUUGGCCCGCACCCUCAACUGGGGCGGGGGCUACACAGAUGAGCCAGUAUCCAAGAUCCUGUCCCACGUAGAAGAGGGAAACGUGGUGCAGCUGGACCGCUGGAACCUCCAAGCUGAGCCCAACCCUGAGACGGGGCCUGAGGAACGUGACGAGGGUGCCACCGACCAGCUGCCCCUGGAUGUCUUCAACAACUACUUCAGCCUGGGCUUCGACGCCCAUGUCACCCUGGAGUUUCACGAAUCAAGAGAGGCCAACCCGGAGAAGUUUAACAGCCGCUUUCGGAACAAAAUGUUCUAUGCCGGGACAGCCUUUUCAGACUUCCUGAUGGGCAGCUCCAAGGACUUGGCCAAGCACAUCCGAGUGGUGUGUGAUGGCAUGGACCUGACCCCCAAGAUUCAGGACCUGAAACCCCAGUGCAUCGUUUUCCUGAACAUCCCCAGGUACUGUGCAGGCACCAUGCCUUGGGGCCACCCUGGGGAGCACCAUGACUUUGAGCCCCAGCGGCACGAUGAUGGUUAUCUCGAGGUCAUUGGCUUCACCAUGACAUCCCUGGCAGCACUGCAGGUGGGCGGGCACGGCGAGCGGCUAACACAGUGCCGCGAGGUGGUGCUUACCACGUUCAAGGCGAUCCCAGUGCAGGUGGACGGCGAGCCCUGCAAGCUCGCUGCCUCUCGCAUUCGCAUCGCCCUGCGCAACCAGGCCACCAUGGUGCAGAAGGCCAAGCGGCGGAGUGCCGCCCCCCUGCACAGCGACCAGCAGCCCGUGCCCGAGCAGCUCCGGAUCCAGGUGAACAGAGUGAGCAUGUAUGACUAUGAGGCCCUACAUUAUGACAAGGAGCAGCUCAAGGAGGCUUCGGUGCCCCUGGGCACUGUGGUGGUCCCAGGAGACAGUGACCUUGAGCUAUGCCGCGCCCACAUCGAGAGGCUCCAGCAGGAGCCCGAUGGUGCUGGAGCCAAGUCCCCAACGUGCCAGAAACUGUCCCCCAAGUGGUGUUUCCUGGAUGCAACCACUGCCAGCCGUUUCUACAGGAUCGACAGGGCCCAGGAGCAUCUCAACUACGUGACUGAAAUUGCACAGGAGGAGCUGUAUAUCCUGGACCCUGAGCUGCUGGGGGCAUCGGCUCGGCCUGACCUUCCCACUCCCACCUCUCCUCUCCCCACCUCUCCCUGCUCCCCUACGCCCCGGUCAAUGCAAGGGGAUGCUGCACCCCCUAAAGGUGAAGAGCUGAUCGAGGCUGCCAGGAGGAACGACUUCUGUAAGCUCCAGGAGCUGCACCGAGCCGGAGGUGACCUCACACACCGGGACGAGCGGAGUCGCACACUCCUGCACCAUGCCGUCAGCACCGGCAGCAAGGAGGUGGUCCGCUACCUGCUGGAUCAUGCCCCCACAGAGAUCCUAGAUGCUGUGGAGGAAAACGGGGAGACCUGUCUACACCAGGCCGCGGCCCUGGGCCAGCGCACCAUCUGCCACUACAUCGUGGAGGCAGGGGCCUCGCUCAUGAAGACGGACCAGCAGGGUGACACUCCCCGUCAGCGGGCGGAGAAGGCUCAGGACACGGAGCUGGCUGCCUACCUGGAGAACCGGCAGCACUACCAGAUGAUCCAGCGAGAGGACCAGGAGACCGCCGUGUAG